AUGUACACUUCAGGAGCCAUUGUACCACCAAAGACUAUCAGAUCUGUGACAGCAUUUAGAGAUGACUUUAACAGUUGGAAUGCCAACAACUAUCAAGUGGCUUGCACUGCUUGGGGAGGAGGGAACAACGAGCUACAGGUUUAUACUCCCGGACAGGCAAAUCUAUUCACAAAGAAUGGCCAUUUGUACAUUAAACCUACGUUGACAGUGAAUCAUCCUGAUUUUGACGAAGGGAAGCUGUACCAUGGACAAAUGGAUCUGAAUGGACUAUGGGGGUAUUGUACACAAGCGAGUAACAGCGGAUGUAACAAACAUGGCGGUCAGGAUAUUCUACCACCUGUUAUGUCAGGAUAUAUAACUACUAAAGCGGCCAUCAAAUACGGACGAAUCAAUGUCAGGGCAAAGCUUCCAAAAGCUGAUUGGACAUGGCCAGCAAUCUGGACAUUGCCACGUGAUAAAAAGUAUGGUGGCUGGCCUCAGUCUGGUGCUAUGGAUAUCAUGGAAUCUAGAGGCAAUUGGUUUAAAAAAGACUAUCAGUAUGCUUAUCAACGCCCAUGGACAGACUCGUCUCGCCAACCAAAAAGAGAUUUUUGGGAGCACCGAAACCAAUGGCAAAGUUCAUGGCAGGGUGAUAAUGCUGCCAUGGUUGUUGAUUACGUUGAAAUGAUUCAAUAUUAA